AUGGAGUAUACAAAAAAAACAAGUAAAAAGUUAUCCAAUACCUCAGGAAUAAAAUCGGAAAAAGGCAUCGGCGAAGAGCAAGAAGAAUCAGGACAGGAACCAGUGCUACCUUUCUGCGUGGAAUUUCCCUACGGGCAAGUAAUCCAACCGAAUCAGAGUGCCAACAACGAAGAUGAGGCAAAUGUGUCCGCACUCACUAUCUGGAUUCGCUUUUGUGCACCUCGCUGGAUGGACUCUAUUUUUAUAGCCGGACACCCGCAUCCUCAAACCCUGCUUCUCAUUGCGCGAGCUCUUAAGGACAUUAAUACAUUUACUCCCAAUCUUGGUAAUGCUCAAAGUCAUAUACGUGAUUGUGAUCGGGGGCUUGUGACUGCUGUUGUCCUCUCUGCCGCAGUGGAUACCUCGUUGUUGAGCUGGUUUAGCUUUGUUGCCAGGCGACCAUGCCACUAUGGAUUUGAGAUAUCUACUCGUGCUUGUGAAGUAGAAGGACGCAAACCUCAUAGUUCAAAUCCUGAACAUUCCACAAAGGUUGCGACGAUAAAUUUGGUCAAGGUAAAUGCACUGGGAUGUUCCGAAGUUUCGUGUUAUGAGUACCAACAACCCGCAAAUGAGCAGCAACAGUAUUCACGACAAAGCUCGCUUGACAUUGUGAAUAAGAGUCAAGAACAGGAUUGCUGCAAAUCGUAUGCUCAGGAAAGUCGGGGUCCGAUAAUCCAGGAAAAUGAUUUUAGCUGUACUGCCGAGAAUGAGGAAAAGCCACGACCUACAUCCACUAGCAUAGUUUCCAGUUGCAGUGCAAUUUGGGUCGCAAACAAUGAGUCUGAGUUAGCAGGACCGAUCGAAGAAACUCAGUCUUUUCGUUCCAAGCCUCAACAAGGUAAGGAAAUAAUUUUAUUAUAG